UAUGAAAGGGAAUUAAGUGCACACCUCCGCGUCUGCAACGUCAAGAGGGAACAAAAAUUCCUGGAGGAUAAACCAUUCUACCGCAGAAGCAUCAACAGCGGGAGUCUCAGGCGCCCAGGUUUAAAUCCUCAGCCUCUUGACGUUGACGAGGUGCCUGCAAUUUUAGCCCGAAUUCGAGGAUUGCAGCAUCAAAAACAAUCGCAUCCGCGAGGGGAAGAAGUGGAGCAAAUUACGAGCGGUCCGGUGGCAGAGAAGAUCCUUGCGACCAUGGUGGCCAAAAACUGGACCAGUGAAAGCAAAGCAAGGCAUUUGGUGCAGCAAGCUUCCCUGAUCUCGCACCUCCACCGGCGUGGCCUCCUGGGCGCUCGCAGCACGUGCGUGGAGCUUGGUGCAGGUCGGGGUACGCUGGGACAUGCUGUGCACCAGGCGUUCCCCGAGGCCCGCGUGGUGCUGGUCGAGCGCGCGGGUGUCAGGCUGAAAGCCGACGCUCCUUACAGGCGGACGGGGGAGGGAGGCGUCUUUGCCCGAUACCGCCUCGACAUACGAGACUUGUGGAUAAACGGCUUGCCGCUCGGACCUGGGGG